AUGUUCCUGAUCAGCUGGAACGUGGCGGGGUGGUCCUCCACCUCGCAGGCGAUUCGCGAGAGCUUUGGUAGCAUUCAUGACUUCUUUGCCUGCACCGAGGCGGACAUCAUUUGCCUUCAGGAGUGUAAAGGCACGCUAGCGAAACUGAACGCGUCUCCGAUGGGCAUGGGGGCCAGUGAUCCACCUAUAAGCCGCCGACCCGUUGUCACUCCCCUGGAGCGGCUGGUGACUCUACAGGAACGGCGACGGUUGACUGGAUCCGGUGAGGGUGGCGCAUCCGCUGUCAGUAGCGGCGGCGGUGACGGUGGCAGCAACGAUGGCAUUGAGGGUUGGGAGUCGUUCUGGUCCUUUAGCGGCAAGCAGCACCGCGGUUUCAACGGUGUCGUGACAUUUGCGCGGAAAGGGAUCACAUGGCGAUGCGACAACCAGCCCUUUACACAAGACGAAUUCAAUGAAGAGGGCCGCGCCGUGGUGACACACCACAGCGCCUUUGUGCUGGUGAACGUCUACGUGCCAAAUGCUCGCAGUGGGGCUCGACACGCCUUCAAGUUCCGUUUUCUUCGCGCCUUAGAGGAGAAAAUGGAGCAACUGCGCACCGAGACAGGGAAGCCAGUCAUCCUCGUCGGCGAUCUGAACAUGACGUAUGGCGCCUACGACGCCGCCUGGUCACUGCGGCGCAUUCAUCUCGGCGCUCUCCUGCAGUUGCAGGCGUUCGCCGAGACCGAGGGGGACGCCGCGUGGACUGCCGCGUUCCCUCAUCUUUCAAAAGAGGCCCUCAAGCGAGUGACGAACAUGAUCGCAAAUCACUUGUGUGCACAGGUGCAAGAGAUUGCCGCGUGCAUGGAGAGCAGCGCUGUAACGGCGGCGUCGCCUUCUUUGCCCAUCUCGCCGUCCUUGACCGCGUCGUCGUCUGGCACUGGUGCUGUUUCGGUUGAUACAGAAGUCAACACGGGUGACAACGCGAUCGAUCGAGUGGCGCUGCAGCAGCUCUGCGCGCUUCUCCCGCCGCGGGGCUCAGGCAGCAGUGCCAAGGGAGCUCACAAUUACGAGGCACCACCAGUGUCGAUGCGGGCCCUUUACGAUGUCGGCUUUCGCUGCGCGUACGCCGCCGAGCUCGUGAAGAGUUUCCCGUGCCCCCACAACAACGAGCUAUACGCUGUAGUGCGCUUCUGCGGACUAGCCCCGCACUCGGAUGCGUCGGCAGAGUUCAUGGGUCGGCUUCUCCAGCUCCGCCUGUCGGUGUCCUCCUCGCCAAUGCGCCAAGGGCAGCCAUGGCUAGCGGCUACCGAUGGGGUGACUCAUCAAGCAGGCCUUUCGCGAACACGCAUGUGGGACACCUUUUUGCUCACGAAGGAGGUGAUCGAUGCGUGGUCUACAGCUCCGGCAGACUCACCACUGAUUGAUGCCAUGCUACUGCGCGAGGUGGAGUGCCCAAAGCUGCAGCCCUACUGCCCCUGCCCAUACACUUGCUGGGAUCAGUCACGCAACCGCCGCCUCGAAAACGAGGGCACGCGCAUCGACUACAUCCUUGUCGACUCCGCUCUGCUCCCUGCUGUGGUGUGCCGUGCAGAGACAGCCAACAACGUCCUUGCCGGAAUGCCGGAGCGGAGAUCAUCGACGUCUAUUGCGCUACAACCAUCAACAGAUCGAGAUGAUUUUUUUAGCGAGCUGCAUGGAGCUCGCUACCGUGAUGGCGUGAUGCGUGCAAUGGCCAAUGGCGCCUACCCGCCGGCGCCCUUCGAUGGAACUGGAAUGCCGGCACUGUGCGAGUAUGCGCGGGAGCUGUGCUUUGCUGGCUUGCCCUCUACGGGUCUCUUUGUGACCCCACCGCAGCUCAGCGAUCACAUUGGAGUGGGUCUUCUCCUGAACCUGGCUGCACUCGGCACGGCGAGCGAGCUGCUUCAGCGUUCCGGCAAGGUGGUCGAGGACCACAAGUGCAUGUAUCGACCGCCCGUUGGGCUCCACACCUUCUUCGCCGCGGCGGCCGCCAAGAAGGCUCCGGCCCCCGUCACCACGCUGCCGGCGCAGGGGGAAGAGGCCACGGAUGGCAAAGGAGUAUGCGAGGCAGAUGGCAGAGCAGCCGGGCACAAACGAAGAAUCGACAGCAGCCCAUUGCUUGCUUCCUUUGACUCCAGUCCGAGCGCCAGGACCGAUCCAGCAAUACACAAGUCUCGCACUGAAACCGGUGCCGUCGUUGCUCGUGGCGAUCCAGCGCCGCGCAUAAUCGACGUGGAUUAG